UCUACCUGCGUCAUCGCUGCGGCAAGCCCCACUACCAGUAGCUGUCACAUGUGUGUUGUUGUCUUGUAGAUACAAUGAGCGAGACAGGUGCUGUUCCACUCUCUCCAGUGGUAAAAGAAGGCUGGCUGAACAAGCGUGGUGAAUAUAUUAAGAAUUGGAGGCAGCGUUAUUUCUUCCUUCUUGAAGAUGGCACAUUUCUUGGCUUCAAGACCAAACCCAAAAGUGGCCUUGAUGAUCCGCUCAACAAAUUCACAGUGAAACAAUGCCAGAUCUUGAAAACAGAAACACCACGAUCUAACACCUUUAUUAUCCGUGGACUGCACUGGAGAGCUGUUAUAGAACGUAGUUUUAAUGCAGAGUCUUCAUGUGACAGGGAUGCAUGGAUUGAGGCUAUAAAGCACGUGUCUGAGAAGAUAUCGGCGUCGUAUGACAACCACGAUCUGAUCCAGGAAGUUGAGGCAUUAGAAAAAUCACAGCUGACAACCUAUGAUGAAGAUGGUAACAGCAAAGGAUCUAGAACUUCAAAGAAAACCAAGAAAGUUACAUUAGAGAACUUUGAGUUCAUCAAAGUGCUGGGGAGAGGAACAUUCGGAAAAGUAAUUCUUUGCCGUGAAAAGAAGAGCUAUCAAACCUAUGCUAUGAAGAUCCUGCGUAAAGAUGUUAUCGUCAAACGUGAUGAGGUGGCCCACACACGCACUGAGAACUUUGUGCUAAAAGCUGUGGAUCAUCCUUUCCUCACUUACCUCAAGUACUCAUUCCAAACAAAUGACCAUCUCUGCUUUGUGAUGGAGUAUGUCAGUGGUGGAGAAUUGUUCUUCCACCUUAACGAGGCACAUACAUUUCCUGAGGAGCGUGCAAGGUUUUAUGGAGCAGAAAUUUGUCUUGCCAUUGGCUACUUACAUGAAAGAAAAAUAAUCUACCGUGAUUUGAAGCUGGAAAACAUACUACUAGAUGCUGAUGGUCAUAUUAAAAUAACAGACUUUGGAUUGGCCAAACAAGAUAUUGCAUAUGGCUGCACGACACACACCUUCUGUGGCACACCAGAAUAUUUGGCACCAGAGAAGUGCUUAGAAAUGCCGGAAAAUUGCAGUGUGAUGAAGAUGGAAAACUUUGGUCAAUACGACAAGACCUCUCAAAGGAAAACAGAAAAGCUGAAAACAAAUUUUGAUGAAGAAAACCUCUAA